AUGGAUGUCAAAUUACAAGAACGAUAUGCUGAAGAAAUCAUUCGACGUCUUCCUAAAUUUGGUGGCUCUCAUUAUGAAGAUGUUAGUCAAUGGUUACAUGAAACUGAAGAACUAUUUGAACAAGCACAACUACGUCCAUCUAAUAAAUUUAUAGUUGCACAAUGCUAUUUAACUGCUACUGCUGACAAAUGGUUUCGACUUGAAAGGUCAACUAUUCAUGAUUGGGUUACAUUCAAAAUCGAAAUUGUUAAAGCAUUUCCACCAUUAUUUAAUCCAAUAUUAUUGAAAGUGGAACAAUGUCGACAAUUCUCUCACGUUUCAACUUCAUCAAACUUCUCGUUAACUUCAACAAUACCCGUAAAGAAACAACAUACUGAACAUGAUCUUUUAGCUCCCCUUAAUGAUAAUCAAAUUGAAUCAUUCGAAGAUUUUACAGAUGAAAAUUUAAAUGAAUGUUCACAAAAAUAUACUUCACCUAUAUUAGUUCCUAUCAAUGAUAUUGAUUUAGAAAUUCAAUCGCAAUGUAACGAUGUAUUAACUGAUUUUGAUACAUUAAACCAACAAUAUGAAUCUGUUAGUGAAAAUGAUCCUAUUACACAUGGUGUUGGAGAUACUAUUGAAGUUUUUACUGAAACUAUUUGUACCGCUAUAACUGAUGAUUCAUUAACUAAUACUGCUGCAUCACAAGAUGUUCAAUCUUUAUGUCCUGAUCCAUAUCAAUUCGAUGAACCCCACAUCGAAAAUUGUUCAAAGCUAUACAUCCAAUAUUUUCUAUCCUGA